GACCCAAACCCUAGUAGCCCGUGGCGAGUCUCCUCGCUUGAUCCCCUUUGUCCUUCCACGCGCCGUCACCUCUCUCCCUUCCUCUUCCCAAUCCAGAUCGAAGACGGCGGCUCCUGCCGACGUGCUCCCACCGCAUCGCUCUCCCGCCAUCCACCCCACCACAUCGUCUCCCACCGUCCACCCACACCGGCCGUACGGGCUGGGAUCGUGAGGCUAUCCAUUGUCCCGUCACUAAGUACGAGAAGAAGAUGGACAUGGUCGCCAAGCGCCCGCCGGGGACGAAGGUGAGGAAUACCAGGACGUCAACUGCUCUGAUCCGGCGAGCAACCCUGCAAUCCGACGACGCCGAUGGGAUUCCUGGUGACCUCCGCCAUCUUCUUCCUCGCCGGCUUCAUCGCCUGCCUCUUCUCGCUCCUCUGCUGCAACCGCGGCGCCUCCACCAACAUAUUCCGUUUGACUCUGGUGAUUACUGCUACAGAUUGUUGUUGGAUGAUGAAAGUGGUGAGGAGAUGUUGAUGAUGCCUACUUGCUUGGCUGCUACGGUGAUGCAUGCACCGACGAAGCAAGCACACAUGCAAGGCUGGCCCCAUGUAUCUUCCUUGGCUGCGAACAUCAUCUAUAGGAUAGCUGCAGUAUGACUAGGACAAGCUACAAGCUCCCAGAGCGUCUGAUCCAGGGUGCGUUAGGGCCAACCUAUUACAAAAGAUGGCCAUGCUCAUGAGCCCCUCUGGAUCAAAUAGGUAUUCCUUUCUGCCUCUCUUUGGAUUCACUCAUAUUUUGCCUCAUGGAUUGAUGGAUUUGUCCUAUGGUACUAUAAUCUUCGAAUGGCAAACAAUGUUGCCUAUGGAAAUUUUUCAUUUUC